AUGGGGAGUUAUUUUUCGGCUCUCUUUUCUCGCCUCCUUGGCCCGAAGGAGGUUCGGAUUCUCAUCCUCGGCCUCGACAACGCCGGAAAGACGACGAUUCUCUAUCGACUGCAUUUGAACGAAGUCGUCGAAACGAUUCCUACAAUCGGCUUCAAUGUCGAAACGGUCCGGUACAAAAACAUUGAGUUCCAGGUUUGGGAUCUCGGCGGCCAAACGUCUGUGCGGCCCUACUGGCGUUGUUACUUUCCCAACACGAACGGAAUCAUCUACGUAGUGGAUAGUGCUGACCGCGAACGCAUCUCGGACGCGAAGCACGAACUUCUCCUGAUUCUUCAGGAGGAAGAAUUGCGGGGCGUUGCUCUCGCGGUCGCGGCGAACAAGCAAGACUUGCCGAACGCAAUGAGUGAAGGCGAAGUCUCUGCUGCACUGGGGCUGCCUUCGCUGCGCGAUCGGCCGUGGGCGAUCAUGCGGACCUCCGCCGUUAAGGGCGAAGGCUUGGAGCAGGCGAUGGACUGGCUUACAGAUGUUCUCUCGCAAUCCUAG